ACGGGAUUACGAGAUGAAGUACUUCUUGCUUCUCGGAUUGUUUACAGUCUACGCGCAGAUUGAUGCACAAAGGCGAAUAAUUGGAGGUUUACUGGCCAAGGAAAACCAAAUUCCGUGGCAGGUCCUUCUUACACACGAUAUCUCCAACAACCGGUACUUCUGCGGAGGAACCUUAAUUAGCAACAGAUGGAUUGUAACCGCAGCUCACUGCACCUAUGGAUGUUCCCAUUUCAAUUUGCGUUUGGGAGCAAUUAGGAGGAAGGGUGAGGAAGAUGGAAUGAUCGAAGUAAACGCAAGUGAAAUUAUAACCCAUCCGAAGUACACCGAAAGUAAACAUAACUACGACAUAGCUUUGAUUAAAACCUCUUCAAACAUCAAAUUUACCAAGAAAAUCCGGCCGGCUUUGCUUCCAAAGAAAGGAGAAAUCAUCGGAGCCUAUAGAAGAGUUCUCGUCAGCGGAUGGGGACAAACUGCAGACGUGGGAAAAGCUUCAAAUGAAUUGAAUUUCGUCAAUCUGAUAACAAUCUCCAAUGAUGAAUGCAAUAAGGUGUAUCGCUUCAUAGAUGAAACGAUUCUAUGCGCUCGGGGAUGUCCGUCGAAUAGCACAUGCUAUGGCGACAGCGGCGGUCCAGUUGUUAUAUUAAACAAGUCAAAGGCGACUCUGGUUGGCGUGGUGAGUUUCGUUUCUGAAUCUGGUUGCGCCAGUGGAGAUCCUUCUGGAUACGCGCGAGUCGAACCGUUCCUGGAUUGGAUUCACGACAUAACGGGAAUAACGAUUGCGGAUAACGAGAGGAUUAUUGGUGGACAGGCUGCAAAAGUUGGUCAAAUCCCAUGGCAGGUAUUGGUAAGGUAUCGAGUGCCUGGAGGCAUGUCAUAUUGUGGAGGAACUUUGAUCAGCAAUCGUUGGGUGAUAACAGCCGCACAUUGCACCAGAGGGGCUUCUAACUUCAGCGUUAAGUUGGGAGCAAUAGAAAGGAGGGGUAAUGAAGUGGGCAGCGUCGAAAUUCCCGCCAGCAAUGUUAUCGUUCAUCCAGAAUACGAUGGAUACUUGAAAAACGACAUUGCUCUCAUCAGAACCUCCAAACCCGUCAAGUUUACCAACAGAAUUAAACCAGCGAAGCUUCCGAAGAAAGGUCAGGUGGUAGCUGCGAAUACGAGAGUCUUCCUAAGUGGUUGGGGUCAAACUCAAGACGUUGGUCCGAGCAUUGAUUAUUUGAAUUACGUUGCGUUGACUACAAUCAGUAAUGAGAAAUGUAGCACUCUCAUUACCAACAUUAUUGAGUCACAACUUUGUGCAGUUGGUAACCCACCACAAAGUGCGUGCUACGGUGACAGCGGCGGACCAGUCGUUAUAUUGAAAGGAAACGAGGCUACGCACGUCGGCAUCGUGAGUUUCGCCAAUGGGAAUGGUUGUAGCAAAGGUCCUUCUGGAUUUGUGCGCAUAGAAUUUUUCCUUGAUUUCAUUCAUAAAAAUACAGGCGUCUACUAAAUAGGAUAUUUUGUGA